AUGUGGAGACGCAGCUGCCUCUACGUCGCAUCGUCGGGCUGCUGGGGACGGCUGCGGAGUGCCGUGCGGUGGACGUCGCUGUCGCACGCGCCGCGCCGGCGCCGAGGCAGUCAAAGCCUGCGUGAAGCGGCUUCGUUGAGGUUCCUCAGCACCUGUGCCUCGGCGCCGGUUUGGCAGCGCAUCGUUGCGAGCAUUCAAGAGGCGGCAGAGAAGGUAGAUGACAUGGAGCCGUGGUGGCGAUUUUGUCGACUGUGGCGCAUGCACUUUCCGCAAACGGCGCCAGACGAUCUCCCGCGGAUGUUGGAGGACGAGCUCCUCCUGAGCGGCACGCAGAACGGGGCGGACGAACGGGAGGAGGGCGACGACGCCACGGAGCGUGUCCCGCAUGACUUGCAUUGCCUUCCGGCUUUUUUGCAAGCUGUGUGUGCGGCGGUGCAGUUGGGGGAGGCGCGUCUGCGCCUGUCUGCUGCUGCCGCAGAGGGAAGCUCAGGCGCAGAGAACGCGUUGCUCGCCGCCGUCCUUGUAGAGCUUCGCGUAGUGGCUUUCUACCUGGCGCAGGAGCGAUUGCCACACACCCUUCACGCCGCACGCGACCGCCUGGCGGAGGCUGCCCAUGCAAAGGCCGAACACAGCACGAAAGAUCUUGCGCUGAGCACUGCGCCCUUUGCUUCUCGCGACGCCGAGCGCGUGCGCCAGAUGGGCGUCCGGCUCACACCGGAGGAAUUGCAGCAGGCCGUUGUUCUGGCCGACACAAGUGCUGCGCUGUUGGCGCUAUCUCCGCCUGUGACGCUCUUGCCAUCUCUGUACCGUCUGCUGCUCCCCGCCCUGGGUGCAUGCGAACAGCUGGAGAGCCAUCAACUUGGCGCGCUUGCCACCGCGGUUGCUCGGGCCGCGGAUUUCGAUGAUCCCAACGGCGGCAAGGAAGUCUCCGCCUGUACCGCCACUGCCGAAACGGCUGGCGUCGGCGGCGAGGCCCUGCGGCCAGCCAUGACGUCCUACACUGUGCUCUCGCACCUGCACGCCGUCGCUCGGGCGUUGGAGGUGCGCAUGCGGGCGUCCAUGCAGCAAGGUGCGUCCACAGGAGAGAAGUCGGGGUAUUCCUCCACUUGCCAGGCCCAGCUGCGGUUGCUUUCGCUAAAGCAGCGUAAGGCGUUGGAGAGGCAGCGCGCGAUGGAGCGUGAGCGGGUUGGUGGCGGGGGUGCUGCCGAUACGGUGCCGUUAGAGACGGUGGGGGUGGUGUGCAGUGCCCUCGCCGCGCGGCGCUACACCGAUGAUCAUUUCUGGAAGGCUGUGACCGACUACACGGUCGCCGCUCUGCAGGCAUCGGUUUCUUCCUCCUCCGCUUCCGCGCUCCGCCCCGGUCUCGUACAAGACGUGCGCGACAUUUUGUUUGCGCUGGACCAUGUCCACCACACGGUUCACUUUGACUGCGUGAUGUCACUGCUGGUGAAGCUGCGUCUGCUGGAGGAGCCGAUUCCGCCCCCGUCGGCGCUGCAGAAUGCCAUGAAGGCGGUGAAGGGACGGACUGCGGAAACUUUUCACCGGUAA